AUGCAUUCUAUUAAAGAGGAGAUAUUAUUUUUGAUAAUUUAUUUCUAUUUAAUUCUUCAUUAUAUGACAAAAUCUAAUAUUUUAGAAUAGAUAAAUAAAUAUCUAAUGGAACCUUUAUUGAAACAUGUAAAUUUAAAAUUAAAUUUAUUUUCUUAAUUAUAAAUAUCAUUUAAUCAUUUUUCAAAAUUUACAAACUAAUUUAGAAAGUAUUAAGAUCCAAUCAUAAUUUAAUAAUUAAUUUUUUGUAAAGUUGAUAAAUAAACAACAAUUUUAACUAUCAUUUAAUAUUUAAAGUCAGUCAAAAAUUAUAAAUUUUUCAAGUUUUUAAAAGAAUGCAUUAUUAAUUAUUCAAGUGUCUAAAUUUCAGAAUUAUUUGAAAAAUAAUCAAUUUCAUAUAUAUAUACAAUUGUAGAUUAGUUCUAUUAAUAAUAACUCAAAUUGAAAACUAAUUUGUAUAAAUCAUUUAAAGCAGUUGAUAAUAAAAAAGAUACAUUUUAAUAUUAGCCAAAAGAAACUGAUGAAAAAUAUAUCACAGAACAUUAUCGAUAUUAUCUUCAGUGCAAGACCCUUGUUUCUGUUUAAUCAUAAAAUUAAGUAUAUAUAAUAAGUAUUACAGUGUAACAUAUUUAGAUUAAAAAGAUCAAAAUAUCUACUACCAAUUUUAUUAAAAAUUAUGUGAAUAGUAUUUACUAUAAAUUUAAAUCAAUAUUUUAAUAACUUUUAUAUCAAAUAAAAGAGUAAUCUAAAAUCUGUCUUUAAAAGCUAUUCCUGUUUCUAAUUAUGGAAGUCUUCUCCUCUUAUUUGAAGGAAUAUUUGAUGUUAUUGUUUGUAUCUAUAAAUUUCAAAAAGUAAUUUUUAAAUUAUUGA